GCUGACUCUACCGCUUCCUGCCCCUCUCCGUUCCACCGUUCUUCCUCCCGAAGCCGCCGGCCGCCACGCGUGACGCGUCGCGACGGAGCCGCAGGCGGCAUCCGGAACGCGCCACGUAGGCCUUCUCCCCCUCCAACUCCUCCACUUCUAGACGCUCUUUCGCCGACCCGAUCGAUCAGCCGAAGCACCAAACCCCCAGAUAACCUCGAGGAGAAGAAAGGGAACCCCUCAAGCCCUACCCCUGAAGCCGGAGCGACCCGAUGGAGAAGAAGGAUCUGCUCGGCGUCCGGAAGAAGCUGCCACCGGCGAAGCGGCCGCGGCGCAAGAUGGUGACGCCCGCGCCGGCCGUCGGCGGGGCCCUUGUGAAGGCGAUCGUGGACUACCUCGCGUCCGAUUCCUACAUGUACGCGCCGCUCCUCCCCCUCCGCCACCGCCGCAGCCCAAGACAGCGCCCUCCGCGGCGGCUCCGUCCACUCCUCCUGGACAGGGAGAAGCUACCGGCUGGUCUAACUGCUUGAGACUCGAGAGUAGUCUCCUGAUGGUUGUGUACUUUUGCUUUCUUCCGGUGAAGCAUCCAUUUCUUGCAUUGUUACCUUGAACACGCCGUAGACAGCCUGCCUUUUUGUGGUUGUGAUCAAGGAUGCUGACCAUGUGGGGCAAAGUGCUGAUACUUGAUAUGUUGAUGGUUCCAGGUGCGUUCUACUUGCCCGCAGUUAGUUGAACGUUAAAUGCAUGCCUUAAUUAAGCAUCAGAAUGUUUGAUGAAAACCUGUAGAGGCUUUACGUGACAAUUAUUGAACGGCAAUUUUCUGGUAGAUUCUGUGUCUAAAACUUGUAUUAUGAAGUUGCUUUUGGGGACGCAAUCCCUGCUCUGCUACAUGUGAAGAGAGAUGCACUUAAGACCCACAUCAUCAGUAGGCUAUAAAAUAAGUUCUUUCGUUGCCUCUUUUUUUGGUCUCCAAGAGAAAUGAAACAUGAAGAAUCAUACAAAUCAUCUUCUAUUUUUCUUUUUUCUUUUCUAUCUCCUGAGGGGUAUUCUUAACAUCUUAUCGAGGCAUAUGCAUCAUGAGUCAAAUCUCGUUGAUUUCCGAUUGCUUUGAGAGGACAUCAUUUGUCUUAGGUUCUUAAAAGUCCUACUUAAAAAACAUUAGGCAGACCCUAUGGCGACUUGUGUUCAUGCCAUCUCCAGGUUUUGCAACUUUAUUUGUAUUAAUACCUCCACUAUUUUUGCAUCAUGUAAACUCUUAACGGGAAUGAUGUGAUAAUUGACUUGGUGAAGUCUGCUCAUGCUAACCAAGGCGACCUCAAGUUAACUUUGUACUCAUGCUAAACAAGAAUUUUGGGUUUUCUUGGAAGAAUUAGUUCUUGUUGUUUAGCCUUGUUUAUCCUAGGGUUGGCUUUAAAAAAAAUUGGUGAUGGAGCCGUGACUGUUAUUGCUUUCUGCGUUGUGCUAUUCUGGUGGGUGCUCUAGAUAAUGCUCAGCUGCUUCCAAAUCUAUGAGUUAAGCGCCGCUGCUACUCGUUAUUUGA